AUGAAAGGUGCAAAGAAGGACAAGAAAAAUGGAAAAGACAACGGCGGGGGCGUCGUCGCCGCGGUGACCAAGCACGCCGCCGGCAAGUUCGCUCCCAACAAGGAGCCCACAUCAGACUCUUCGUCGUCCCCAGUCCAGUCUCCAGACCUGAAACCUGCCAGCAUACCUUCAAGUGGAAACACUGCACCCUCGCCGCUUUUGGACGCCGUCUCCGCCACGUCGUAUACGACAAACACCACCAGGAGCACGACCGAAUGGACAAAAGGGGUGUCGGGCCUGGCGGGCUCACCCGGGAACCUGAUAAACCUCAUGGGAGAAUCACCGCCCACCGCGCCCUCUUCCUACGAGGAUACACGUGGAUGGUCUUCACCCCGUCCGAUUUACAACGGCCAACCCGUAUCUGCUUCACCCCCCGUUCAAGGCAGAAGGCCGCACAGUUUUCAAAUGGACCAACAUUAUGCCCCAUCAGAGGCGUACGCUCCGUCCGUUGCCUCAUUCAGACGAAGCUCCAUGCACUCUCAGACUGCCUACGCACGGGGCCCCAACAACCCGCCGCUUCCACAUCAGCACCAACCCCAUUUCUAUGGCGCACCCGAGAUAGACUUGGACUUUGGACAAGCAACUGGAAUGAAGGCUGGUGAAAGGGGAUAUGCGUUCGGUUUCGACACAUUACCAAGAUUCCAGGGCACCAGCGCUCGGGGCAAAGACACAGUCGUGCUGACGGGCUAUGAGGGUGGUCUCGAAGUACACUCGGCCACGAAAAACGGUGUCGAGCCUGUCGCCAGCCUGAAAGGGCUACGAGGAGGUGUGUUCUUUGCCAAGAUCCUGCCUUGGACUCUGGCUGGCGAGGCAUCGGACCCAAGCCCCCUAGUGGCUGUCGUUGUGCAUGGGCCCGUGCUGCCACACAGCAAUCCCGAAGUUAAAGUCGACGGCAAUUAUGCUAGUGGACAAGAUCGCUCUGGGGCUGCUUCACCGGCAGGAACCGACCUAGGUCAAAAAGAUGGUCUGGGCAUGAGGACUGCUUCUGUCGACUUCUACCAGACCAGCGUGGAUGUCUACUCGUUGAAGGACAGCAGGCGUGUCGCAACUCUGCUCGAAGGUCCAAGAAUUCCUUUGAAAGUGCCCAUCACGAGUCCGAUUUUCCAAGCACCACUCCCCAGUGGGGCACUAAGGAUCCUCGCCGAUGGUGGAAACAUUGUGAUUGCUUCUGGUCAGACUGGUGAGAGCUGGAUCUACCGUCAAGCGACCAUCCCACACGAGCCAGGUGUCGAGUUCAGGUGCGUGGGUAAAUUGUGGACGACCAUUCAGCAGCCUCUGGUAGACCCAACACAAGAAACCGAGCGAUCGCGGGCGAACGUGCAGCGUCAAGCACCGAGGGCCCCCAUUAUUGCCUUGAAGGGGAGAUGGAUCGCGUAUUGCCCAGCUGCUCCGUCGUCCCAGGUGUCACUGCGAGCGACUGUACCAGUGCCAGUGCAAGGUAAAGCGCCAGGCCUUCUAUCAUUGACACCGCCUCAGCUGCCCAGUGUCGUUUCGGAUGUCGACCUGCCAGCUGCCGACAGCAUCAUGAACAAACUCAUGCGAGAAACCACGCAAGAAGUGAUUCAAGGUGCGAAGUGGAUUGGCGAGAAAGGGCUGCAAGCUUUCAGUAAUUACUGGAGUAAAUCCGCGAUGCCUUCCCAGCAGGCUCGCUCGCCACCCGCCGCGCAGCCUUGGAACCCGCCCUACGCUCGAGCAGAUCCGCCCCAGUUCCCACCGACCCACGGCACUGCGGCCCCAGCGGUCACAAAAGAGCCGGGUCUCGUAUCGAUUGUAGAUGUUGAGACAUCGCUGGCCUCGUCCUCGAUACAUCCAGCCACAACAUUCGCAACAUCAGGCUGCAGUUACCUUUCGUUUGCUCCCAAUGGACUCUCGCUCUUCACAGCGAGCCCAAAGGGCGAUGUGCAAAUUGUAUGGGAUCUGAUGCGCAUCCAAUACACGAAGUCUUCUCCGCUGCAUACCUCGGCUGUACCAAGCUUUUCAAGCGGUCCUCGGGUGCGACAAAUUGCUAGAUUCUCGAGGAUGACCGUAGCCCGCAUCGUCGACGUAUCAUGGAUGAAACCCUGCGGCGACUGCAUAGCCAUGGUCACAGAAAGGGGCACAGUCCAUAUCCUGGAGAUGCCCGACAGUGCAUUUGUUUGGCCACCUCCACGCCGGAGAAUUCCCGCACAAGAGACGACUGCGAAUGUCUCCGAGGGUGGCAGUUCUGCUGUGUCUAUUGCCACCGGCGCAUUCAACUCUGCUUGGGACGCUGCUCGCCCGCUGAUCGACCGAUCUCGCCGCAGCAGCUCGAAUGCGCCCCAAACAGCCGGCUCAAAGAUUGUUGGGCACGCCAACUACGGUGGCAAGAUAAUUGCUGCUGGCAUUAGUCACUCGCUUGGAAAGACCGGAAGCGCGAUCAAUCAGUUCCGCCACAGCGGCGACAACCGUAUAUCGCUUCCGCUGAGCUCAAACGCCCCUGGUCCUUCAUGUGUCAUACUAGUUGCAAAUGGUAAGGACCACUCGUUGUUCGUUCUCGGGGACGGGCUGGUGCGAACCUUCCCCCAGCGCCCGCGUAAGGUGCGGACUGCCGACGGAAGGCAGAAUGCCACUCGGUUCAGGAGAUACAAAGACUUCAAGCUCCCGACGCUGCCCGAUGAUCUAAUUUGUCCUGCCGUCAAGCGCUUGGUCGAUCCUGACGAGUAUCUGGACCUCAUGGACAGGGAUGGUGAUGGAGUCAACACGAUGGUGCUUAAUGCUCGGCCCAAGGUCCCGCGACGCAAUGUCAGCGCAGACUCAUCGAUACCGCAGGCAGAAAUCGAGUCCUCUGCGCCUUAUCAGCCCUUCCAUACCGACAGGCGUGUGGCACUCUACGAAUAUACCGUCGAGCAGGGAGCAAGCGCGCCUACUUCGCAGCUACCCACAGCUUCGAUCCUUCUAGCCGACACUAAUCAGGACAACAAAGCAGCUCGUCCUUCACCCCGGCGCAAGCAGAAACCAGCUGCGAAGGAGCCGGCGGACAGCCUGGGAGGGGCGUGGGCCUUUGGACAAGCGAUCACUGCGAAUAGGAUCGACAGUGGCCGCCGCCACAGUAGGGAGGAAGAAGCGUUCGCCAUGUCGACAGACGAUGUUCGUGCGCUGCCACAGUCGGCUAUGGAACGGUCUGUGAUGCGCCAGCAGCGUGUCGACGACGAGGAACAGAUCGUGAUAACCACCAGGCGCCGGAGAGGCGGGGGCCGCCACGGAGACCUCGAUGACGAGGACGGAUUCUUCGAGGACGACUGCGAGGUUCUUGACUUUGCGGACCAGAGGGUCUGA